AUGCGUGACAUCCUAUCAGCUGAUAACCCUUCACUUGCUGAUGUUCCUUUCGGUGGAAAAUUGAUUGUCCUAGGUGGUGAUUUUAGGCAGGUCCUUCCCGUUAUUACAGGAGGUACCAGAUCUGAUAUUGUUAGUGCAGCACUUGUUAUGUCACCAAUUUGGCAGCAUGUCAUGGUCCUCAAGCUAUGCACAAAUAUGAGACUCACAAAUCCUUAUUUAGAUGAUUCCCAAAGAGAUACGCUCACUGUUUUUGCUCAGUGGGUCCUUGAUGUUGGUAACGGUGAUGUUUCCAUGGCAAAAAAAAAUUGUGAAGCACACCCCAGCUGGCUGCAGAUACCUUCUGAUUUGUUGCUAACACCUUCGGAUAAUAAUAUACAGACAAUUAUAGACUCCACUUAUUCUUCCUUUUGCACCAUGUAUUCAGAUGCAUCUUACCUUACUGCUCGUGCAAUUAUAUGCCCCACAAAUAGUAUAGUUGAUGAAAUCAAUGAUACUAUCUUUGAUCAAGUCCCAGGUGAAACCAGAGACUACCUCAGCUAUGACACCAUUUCUAAAACAGGGGAUCCCAUCGCACAUGCUGAUGUCCUUUACCCACCAUAA